AUGCCUGCGGUGAUGCCCCCAACCCCCCCCGCUCCUUGCGCCUGCUCUCCGCGUCCUCCCCGCCCGCGGCCUCCGCGUCCGCGCCCUCCGCCUGCGCCAGGGCCCCCCGCUCCCCCUGGUGCUCCUGCGGGAGCGGGCCCACCCCUUCCCCCUGGCGGCGCGCCCCUUCCCCCUCCGGGCGCACCCCUUCCCCCCCAACCUCCUCCUGCGGGGGACGGGGCGCCUCUGCCCGCCGCGGGCGGCUGA